AUGGAGCCUGAGGUCUCGGAGACUGAGUUCUGGACUGAACUCCAAACGAUCGUCUCCAAGCCCUGCGACUCCGAAGACCUGAUCGACAACGCCCUCCGAGCCUACCUAAGUCUAACAACUCAACACAAAGAUGAAUACCUCCAAACAGAAACCGAUAUUGCGCGCUGCUCCUACAAACUCUUCGCAUCGAGUAUCUUCGCCGCUCACGCCGACUACGUAAGACGCCAGAUCAUCUACGGCCUGCUGCAAGAAGAUGACCCUACAACCCUCCACUUCAUUGCGUCAUUCAUUCUCUUCGACGGGCGGCAGAAUGAAAUCACGCUUCAGAUGCUGAAUGAGGAGGGCGCGUUUGCGCGUCUUCUUGAGCUUAUUCAGGCUAUGCGGAGAGCGGAUAUGGAUGGCGAUGCUGGGUUGCAUCGCUUGUUGAUGGAUCUAAUCUACGAGAUGUCGAGGAUCCAGAGGGUUAAGAUUGAGGAUUUGGUUCUCGUGGACGACGACUUUAUUCGGUGUCUUUUUGAUAUCAUUGAGGAUCUUUCUUAUGACGUUACGGACCCGUAUCAUUAUCCUGUUAUUCGGGUGCUUCUGGUUCUGAAUGAGCAGUUUAUGAUUUCGGCUCAUGAUCCUGUCGAUGAUCGGCCCUCGGGGCAUUUGACCAACAAGGUUAUUAAGAUCUUGUCUGUUUAUGGUGGAAUGUAUAAGACCUUUGGAGAGAAUAUCAUUCUGCUUAUCAACCGCGAGGCCGAGACAUCUUUGCAGUUACUAACGUUAAAGCUUCUGUAUCUGAUAUUCACCACUCCUAGCACCUACGAGUACUUCUUCACGAAUGAUUUGCAUGUUCUGGUUGAUAUCUUGAUCCGCAAUCUACUCGAUCUACCCGAGGAAGCAUCUGCGCUGCGACAUACAUAUCUCCGCGUUCUUUACCCCCUUCUAGCGCACACACAGCUACGAAAUCCACCGCACUACAAGCGUGAUGAGCUCCGAAGAUUGCUCAGUAUCCUUGUCCGAGGGCAAGUUUCAUAUGGAAGCGACGCAGAACACGAGAAGAUCCUCCAUUUCGAGGAGGUUGAUGAAACAACAUGCCGACUUGUCGGUCGAUGUGCCACGGUAGACUGGCUGCGCAGUGCUGAAGCGCCUGAUUUGGCUGAAACGCAAGAUACGCCUACCAAGGUUACGUCGACUUCUAUUGAGACCGUCCUUGAUCAAGCUGAGCAGUCCGAGUCGCCUGCAGACAUUAGGGAGUCACCCGCAGAUAUCGGUGAACCGCUCGAAGUGGCUCGCACGAUCUCGCGUGCAAGUACGAUAGCUAGUACGUCAGAUACAGCAUCGCCGACGAGGGGGGAUUCCCGCGGUUCUUCCAAGGCACCUCGAAAACAUAGCUUAGUGCAACGGCUCGGCAUGAACCUAGAGCCAGCGUCUACAUCUUCGCUGAGCGUGCAAGCAGUUGCAGCACAACACGAAAAGCCAGGGAUCAUGACUCCCAGUCGGAAAGACGGUGUUCCAGUCGCCGCUCUCAGCGAUGAGACGCCGAUAAUCCGACCCCCAAAGGUCAAGCCCGAACCCCCGAAAUCUCGCCGCUGGCGCGGGCGCCGUAUGGCCGUGGACGACGAGGAGCACCACUCCGCCGGCACAAGCAGCGACCGCUACACCAUCCCCGAAGGCAUAGAAGUCAGCCCUACCACCACACACACAUCAACGACCCCAAACCCUGCGACACCCUCGUCACUUUCACACCCAGAUUGCCGUGACUCCGUCUCAGGUUCUAAUCUGGCACCCCCAGGUACCCAGCCGCGACGCUCAGCAUCAAACCCACCCCCAGCGCUCCCGCCGCCUCGUCGUUCAUCACACGCAACGCCCCCCUCGAGUCAACACCGAUCUCCAACCCCGGUGUCGGGAGCAGGUCGUCACGGUCAAGCCCCGCUUCCUCCGAACCCGCGGCGUUGGGGCCGCGGCAAAGCACAGCAUGGACAGAGUGAUUCCGUCGAGAGCGGAGCCAGUAGUGUCGGUCCGUCAAAGGAGCUCGAAACCGACAGCACUCUCGCCCCAGCUCAGCAGACCCAGUCUCAGACUCAGUCUCAAUCUCUGGAAGGAAGUACUCUGUCUGACCCAUUCUCGCCAACAUCACCAACAUUACUGGUAUCACCAGCCGAAUCCGGUGACAAUGCCCCCGCCGAGGCUGCUCCUGUCAGCGUAGAGGAAGCGGUUCAAAAUGUUUCUCUGCAUUGA